AUGGGGUGUUGUUACAGUUUUUUCUGCAAGGAUGAUAACUCAUCCCAGACUGGUGAGGCUAAUGAGCGGACCCAUUUACUCAUAGAUCCUGUUUCAAAUAACACAAACAUACAGAGAGUAAACAGUGAAGACCUUCUGAGCCGAAAUUCAAACACAUUACCCAAAAAGACUGAUGAGCAAUCUGCACUGAAUAGAAUACUUCAAAAUACUGCAACAAAUGUGAUUGAUGUGGCUGCCCUUGAUUCACACAAUCUGCAGCAACAUGAAUAUUUAGAAAGGAUGAAAAUUUAUAAUAUCAAAGUGCAACAAGUGCUUUCAAAUAACAAACAACUAUUCACAACUAGGCCUAAUCCUGUUUUACAAGAUAUACCAAAUCCAGAUAAGGUGCUCAAUUCUGAUCCAGUUACAAUAGGGGACUUGAACCUGAUAAGAUCAGCUGUAACAGCUGCAGCUGCAGCCAUAACUGAUAUUAGAGUUGAUCAUAAAGAAGAUUUAGUGGUGCCCUUUGGUUUGAACUGUUGA